ACAUUUAGGGCUCUGAAACGUACCAGUCAGCAGGAGUCAAGGUUUCAUUUGUUGCCCAUUCACUUGUUGUGAUUUCACCACCAUGGCUUCACAAAAGCCAGUGUCCAAAAAAGAAGGAAAGGCAGCCCCAGCUCCAAAGGACGAACCAGCAUCUGGUGCAGCAGGACCAACAGCGGCAGCACUGGAAAAGGCUGCUCCUGAAAAAGCCAGCCCUGCACCUGGACCAGCCCCAGUGGCAGCAGCCCCAGAACCAGCUUCUUCUCCAAAUCCAGCUUUUAAAUAUGAUCCGGGUGCUGCAAGUAAUCUCAGCACUCAACAGCUCGAAGAGUUCAAAGAAGCGUUCAUGCUGUUUGCCAAGGCUCCCUCAGGGGAGACGAAGAUUUCACUAGCUCAGUGCGGAGAUGUGAUGCGAGCUUUGGGUCAAAACCCAACCAAUGCUGAAGUGUUGAAUGUUCUUGGGAAACCAAGGCCUGAAGAGAUGGAAUCCAAGCUGAUCGACUUUGAGACUUUCCUGCCUAUGUUUCAACAAGUUUCAAAGUCUACUGAAAGGGGCACGUUUGAGGAUUUCGUGGAAGGCCUUCGGGUCUUUGACAAGGAAGGCAAUGGAACAGUCAUGGGGGCUGAACUCCGCCAUGUGCUUGCUACUUUGGGUGAGAGAUUGUCUGAGGGUGAAGUGGAUCAGUUGCUGGCAGGGCAGGAGGAUACAAAUGGUUGUAUUAACUAUGAAGCUUUUAUAAAACACGUCAUGGCUGGCUGAGUGAUCUUAUCUGGUACAGUAGCAGCCUCAUACGCAUGUCAGCGGUGGUUAGCUGAAGGUCGUGUGUGAGAAUUCAUCAGUGAAUCAUAAACAAUACUUUUUUUUUGUAAAAAAAAUAUAUAACUGAUUAAAAUCUGUUCUUCAA